AGGGGAAGGAGCUGGUCAUGUGGCGAAACAAGAUGGCUCCCGGAGCCUGAAGGGCUGCAGCCUGAGGUGGCCAAAGCGGGCGGCGCGCGCUCCCUUCUGCAAAAGGAGCAAGAGUCAUUUUCCUCGGCGGGGCUCCUUAAGUUGGCCGCCCCACGCCCAACUCUCACCAGCCAUUCCUCUCCAGGGUUGAGAGAAAAAUGCAUUCCUCUCUGGGGCAAGUAGCUCCUUGGGCAACAAUGCAAUAACUUUUUAUUGCAGCCUCGCCGCUCUUUGUGUGUUUGUGUGUGUGUCCCCCCCCCACACCGCCUGCCUUUUGGGCACGCCGCCGCGGACGGGAGAGCUUGCAGAGCCCAAUGUCCAGCCCAGCCCUCCUGAGCAGCCCCGACGUGAUCCUGCGACUUGCGGCACCUUCGCAAUGGCUCUUACCUUGUUUGAUACUGAUGAAUACCGGCCACCAGUUUGGAAAUCUUAUCUGUAUCAGUUGCAACAAGAAGCUCCCCACCCUAGAAGGAUUACCUGCACAUCUGAGGUAGAGAAUAGACCGAAGUACUAUGGACGAGAGUUCCAUGGGAGGAUAUCGAGAGAAGAAGCAGAUCAAUUAUUGAGCGUAGCAGAGGGAAGUUAUCUUAUUCGUGAAAGCCAACGGCAACCUGGAACGUACACUUUGGCUUUGAGAUUUGGAAAUCAAACCAGAAACUUCAGACUUUACUAUGAUGGAAAACACUUCGUUGGAGAGAAACGUUUUGAGUCUAUCCACGACCUGGUGACAGAUGGAUUGAUCACCCUUUAUAUUGAAACCAAGGCAGCAGAAUACAUUGCCAAGAUGACCAUAAAUCCAAUUUAUGAACACAUAGGAUAUACAACUUUAAGCAGAGAGCCAACAAACAAGAAGCAUACAGUGGCUGUGAGAGAUACACUUGAUGGCAAAGAGUCUUCGGGAGACAAUGACAUAGUAGAAAAAAGGCUGACAUCACUUGUCAGAAGAGCAACUCUGAAAGAAAACGAACACAUUCCAAAAUAUGAAAAGGUUCACAGUUUCAAGGUUCACACGUUCAGGGGUCCACAUUGGUGUGAAUAUUGUGCCAACUUUAUGUGGGGCCUCAUUGCUCAGGGAGUGAAAUGUGCAGAUUGUGGCUUAAACGUUCAUAAGCAAUGCUCCAAGAUGGUCCCAAACGACUGCAAGCCAGACCUGAAACAUGUCAAAAAAGUGUACAGCUGUGAUCUCACUACACUAGUAAAAGCGCACUUCACAAAGAGACCAAUGGUUGUAGACAUGUGCAUUAGAGAGAUUGAAUCGAGAGGUCUCAAUUCUGAAGGACUCUACAGAGUAUCUGGAUUCAGUGACCUAAUUGAAGAUGUCAAAAUGGCUUUUGACCGAGAUGGGGAAAAAGCAGACAUCUCUGUGAAUACAUAUGAAGAUAUCAAUAUUAUCACAGGUGCACUUAAACUGUACUUCAGGGAUUUGCCAAUUCCGCUAAUCACAUACGAUGCCUACCCAAAGUUUAUAGAUUCUGCAAAAACCACGGAUCCUGACGAACAGCUGGAAAUACUUCAUGAAGCCCUGAAACUGCUGCCUCCUGCUCACUGUGAAACCUUACGGUAUCUCAUGGCGCAUUUAAAAAGGGUGACGCUCCACGAAAAGGAGAAUCUGAUGAACGCAGAGAACCUGGGCAUUGUUUUUGGACCAACACUGAUGCGAGCGCCGGAACUUGAUGCAAUGGCUGCCCUGAACGAUAUCCGUUACCAGAGACUUGUGGUGGAGAUGCUUAUAAAAAACGAAGAUAUUUUAUUUUGAACUUGUUUGUGGGUGUGGGUGUGCAUGUAUGUUUUUAAAUGAACUUCAAAAAAGAAAAAGAAAAA